AUGGCAGCCAACAUAGAAAAUAUCAUCAAAUACCGGUUUGCCGACCGCAAGCUGCUAAAAGAAGCCACAUUAGCAGCUGGUGCGUCGGUAUCCCGCACGGAUAUCGCCGGAGACGUAAACGGAAACAAGUCUCUUGCUUUAAUCGGUGACGCCCUUAUUCGCCUGGAUGUUGCACACCGAUCAUAUAUAGAGGGGGUAGGACCAGGGCAAAGCACUCUUGUGCUGAGCGCCGCGGGGGCAAACGAUUCACUAGCAGCUCUCGGGGCGCGACUCGGCCUGGACCAGAGCGUCACUAAAAAUCCGUGUCAAGGGGGGGAAGUCCCGCGGGUGACUUUUGCGUCGACAGUCGAAGCAUUGAUAGGGGCUGCCUGGAUAGAUUCUGGACAUCAGUUUGACCAGGUCCAAUCUGUGCUCCGGGCUCUUCAACUCACCGAGCCUUUUGAAAGCGGCGGAACUGAUCGUUUUCCAUAG